UUACUCAGCUGUUGCUAUAUCGGCGGAAACAUAAAGCAUAUUUCGCCCCUGGUCUUACUUCCCCGUCCCCGGAAUCUUGAGUAUUGAGACUCAUCAUGUCUUCUGACGCCCGGGACAAAGAUACCGAGCUUCUUGCUUCUGGAUAUGAUGGCGAUAUUAAUGAUACUGAUUCAGAGGCAAGCACAGUAAUUGCAGCCAGAAGCACGACUUCUGACCAACCAAUCCUAACCAACAACGAACAACUCGAGUCUCAGCACAACGACUAUGGAAAUGGGACCAUCUGUAUCGGUUGCAAUGUGCGAGACGCCGGCCCUGGAGUUGUGAACGACGAAGAAGCUCGAAUUGGAACAAUCUGAAUCGGAUGCUCUGUGUGUGACAUGGACUUCGACGGUUACCAGGUAAUUCUGGUUUCCAACGAGAACCAUCCUACGGUCGAGUAUGUCGAAAAGGUUGGACCGCUUGAAGCAAAAUAUUCGGAAGCUAGCACAAACAACGGGGAAAACGGGGAAGCGAAAGCAUGCGAGUAAUAACCUCUGUGCGCUCACUUCCUUCCUCGUCUUUUUUUCUUCGUGUUCUUCUUGUGACUCUUGCCGUUAUUCUGCUGGGGUUGUCUGGACGGCUCGUCUUGGGUAUGGGCGACCUCGAUAUCUCCCGCUCUGUCUCGAAUUUCUCCUCCUGGUACCUCUACAUCUCCAUUUAGCCUCCUUUUAUUCUGGCUAUGGUCGGAAUCCCUUUUUCUCGGCAUCCCAGAGGCAGGUGUACAGCGCGUUGAUGCGGUUUUCUAACCACUUUCAUAUCAAUUUCCGCCCACAUCCUGCACCCAGUGUGGCUAACAGACUCCCCAGAAUCAGACACUUACCACGUCCGAUACCUGCCCAAUCCACAACCCAGCUAAAACACCAUCAUCAGCAUCGCACAGGAAAAUGCACCUGCUCUGAGAGAGAGAGAGAGAGAGAGAGAGAAAGGAAAAGAGAAAACUGGCCUUACUGGAAUCAGGAAUAUGAAAUUGUCAGGCGAAAGCCGCGAUAGGUGAUCGCGUACGGAGGGAGCCAGAAACGCGCAGAAACCGGACAACUCGCUAAAGAAGAUUUGAGGGAAGGAAACCAAGUUUUGCACUAAAAGAACCACAAUAGAGACGAUGAUGACAAUGACAAGUGCC